AUGACAGUUGCGUCUGCAGAAGGACUUGAAGAUAUUAUGCAAGAAAGCGACUCUCGACAGCAAGCGCCCACAUCGAAUGAUGUUGCGCUUACACACCUAGAAGAGGUCAUCGCUGGCGUUAUUUCGGAAGCUGUUGAGUAUGCAGACAAGCCCCCAGAGGAAAGGACCCUUCCGCCUCUUAUACGAAAGCCAAAUCCACCUCCUAGGCCUAGACCUUCAUAUAACGUCGUCAACAAUUUUGGCCAGGUUGGAGUUGCAGGGACUGUUAAAAAUGGUGCGUUACAAGUUAGCCAGCUGAAUGCUAACCUUCAAGCUGGUCUGGCAAGUAAUGUCGCUGUGCAGUUUGCAAACAAAAGCCAAACCAAUCAGGCUGUACUGAUGCAAUUUAAUGCCCUACAGGGGGGCUCUAAUAUCCAAUCCAGUCCUCAACAGCUCAUGAUGCAGUAUAAUGGCAUUCAGACUCCCCAAUAUUCUGCUCAACAGCAGUAUAGUCAAGCAGGCCAAGUUCAAUUACAGCAAUCGCAACAAUCCCAAUACCAAGCUGCGAGUUCUGCAGCUUUUACUCAUGUUCAGCAGUUGCAGCAUCAGACGCCAGCCCAGCUGUGUCCCGCUAUGCACGCGCGACUAGGCCAAAUCUUUGUUAGCAUGCACCUGCACUGGUGUCUGCGUCCAAACGCGUCCCUUAGGGCGUUCUUUGUAUAUACCCGUUGUCCAAAUGCACAUUGGCCUGUUCGUAUCAUUUGCCUCCAGCUGGAGCUGUCUCUGAUUUUGUCUCUAUGUCUGCCUCCAACUGCAUCCCACUCGUAA